AUGGCAAUUCAUCAAGGUCCUUUCCUAUUCUGCCUUCUAGCCUUGGCCUCCUUGUGUAUUGGAAGUGCAAAACCAAAUGACAAUUCGAUACCUUUCAACCGCAGCAGUUUUCCUCAUGAUUUUAUAUUUGGAACAGCUUCGGCUGCUUACAUGAUUGAAGGAGCAACAAGUAUCGAUGGAAGAGGACCUAGCACAUGGGAUAAUUUCAUCAAGAAACGUCCAGAAAAAAUUCAUGAUGGUAAAAAUGCAGAUGUAGCCUCUGACUUUUAUCAUCGUUAUAAGGAGGACGUACAACUGUUGAAAACGAUUGGAUUAGACUCUUUCAAAUUUUCUAUCUCAUGGUCUAGAGUAUUACCAAAGGGCAAAGUAAGCGGGGGAGUGAACCUACUUGGUGUCAAAUUCUACUACGACCUCAUCAACGAGCUCUUGUCGAAUGGUAUUAAGCCAUGUGUGACUCUUAUGCACUUUGAUCCUCCUCAAGCACUUGAAGAUGAAUAUGAUGGACCAUUAAGUCCCAAGUUUGUGAAUGAUUUUCAAGAUUAUGCGGAUUUUUGCUUCAAAACUUUUGGUGAUCGAGUCAAGUUAUGGUUUACAAUGACCGAACCAAUUGCACUAAGUGUGAGUGGGUACGGUGGUGGUACUUUUCCGCCUGGAAGAUGUUCGAAUUACGUCCGGAAUUGCACUACCGCCGGUAACUCUGCUACUGAGCCUUAUAUUGUCGGCCAUAACUUGCUUCUUGCUCAUGGAGCUGCCGUGAAAUUAUACAAGGACAAGUAUCAGCCAAAUCAGAAGGGGGAAAUUGGGAUCACAUUCUAUACCACUGGGAUUGAGCCAAAAUACAAGACAUCUUCCAGCCGCGAGGCCGCCUCUAGAGCUAUGGACUUUUUCUUUGGAUGGUUUGCCGAUCCGGUUAUAUAUGGUGACUAUCCCGAGAGAGUAAAGUCUGUAGUGGGUAAUCGAUUGCCAAAAUUUACUAAAGUUCAAUCCAAGUUGGUAAAAGGGUCCUUCGAUUUUAUUAGUAUAAACUAUUAUUCCACAUCUUGGGUAGAAACCGCUCCCUCAGCAAACGGUGUCAACGUCACUUUUUGGACUGAUAUGCAAGCCAUUCUCACUAAUAAGAAGUUCACCCAACCUAUGGGAUUCCGAAAUCUUCUUUUGUACAUAAAAGAAAAAUACAACAAUCCCGCUAUAUACAUAACGGAGAACGGAAUUGGUGAUCCAGAUUCUUCUUUACCAUUUAAAGAUAUCCAAAAUGAUACUGGGAGGAUAAGAUACUAUGCCUUGCAUUUACGAUCUCUUUUAAAAGCUAUGGAGGAGGGCACAAAUGUGAAGGGAUACUAUUCAUGGUCAUUUCUUGACAGCUUUGAAUGGGACAGUGGUUACCUCAUUCGGAAUGGCCUCACUUAUGUGGAUUAUAACGACAAUUUAAAAAGACACCCCAAAGACUCUUGCUAUUGGUUCAAGAAGUUCCUCCUAAAAUAA